UUAGUAUUAUGGAAGGAGAUAGUCAAGAUCAAGAAGGUUACAUUCCCAUGUUAACUUCACCAAUCAGGAUGAACGCUUCUAGCCCUCAAAAGUUGGAAGAUGAGCCUAGACCUUUCGAAAAUGAUGAAACAAUUAAACUAUUUCUAGAUAAAAAGACUAAAGGGAAGACUAAAAAUGACCAGGAUUGGAUUCUAGAUAAUCCUAUUACUACCCAUAAGACUACUACAGAGCAAUUUAUUGAUAAGUCCCCAAGUUUUAACGUGAAAGAGCAGGAGUCUUCUAACAUCUCUUCAAAAGAUGAAGCUCUCAAGCAGAAGACGCCAGCCAAAAGAAAACGUAAAGCUCCAGGCACGAAGAAAAGAGGAAGGCCAAGGAAGGUAGACCCCAAUGAGGAGGAGUCCCAGGAAGAAGCCAAGGACAAGUCUGGCCUGAAGAGAACGAAUAAGGAACAAGAUAAAGCAGCCAAGCCGAUAGAUCCAAAGAGGAGGGAAAGGAACAGAACACUUGCGAGAGAGAGCAGGCAGAGGAAGAAGGAGUACAUUAAGAGCCUAGAGAAUGAAAUUGAGCAACUUAGGUCUACAGUGGGACAGUUGAGGAGUGAACUAUAUACAUUCAAGGAGAAAGAGAAGAACCAAUACAAGGUUCCAAAGAUGAAAGAUGCUCGUAACUGAAUUCGUGAAGAGAUCAUGAACCAUAUGGAGUCAAUGCUUAAAGAGUUUCAAAAUAAUAGCGAAACAAUCCAAAACCAAGAGAAUGAAUUAAAGGAAUGUAUUGGAUAUCUCGAAGCCCACCAUGGUCCCUUCUCUCACAGCAAGAAGAAGGUCAUAAGAGAUAGCUUCAAGACACUUAUAGAUCGUCUCCUCCCAGACUUCGUCAAGAGUGUCAUCCUCAGAUCUGAAGACACUGUAAAAUUUGACAGUGAAGAAUUCAUGAAGAUGAUGAGGUGCUCCAAGUACCAGUUCAAUGAAUUCAUCAAGCGGAACCAGGUCAGCGACUGGGAGAAAAUGUUUGUCCUCAUGGACCUUAAUAAGGAACAGAUGGACAAAAUGAGGGAACUAAAGAUUUUCGCACAAAAAUAGCAGAAAGGAAUUUACUAAUAUUAUUCACACUCUUUUGAGACUGAAGAAUCGAAUUUUUCAGGAACUCCAUAAGACUAAUGAUAUGUUCGCUAUUAUUAGGGAUAGCCUCACUGAAGUCCAAAUCGCCAAGUUCCUCCUCUGGGUCAAAUCUGACACUGGAUGAAAUGUAGAUAGAUAUACUCUUUGGGGUAUCAAAAAGCAUUCAGGAAGACACGCAAUGGACCCAAGCCUCACUGAUUCUGACAGUUGUGAGGAGGUUAAGGAACCCCAAGACCUUGGAGAAUGAAUUGGAAAGGAAGGAAAUCCAACAAAUCCUGCUGCAGUUUUAAACUCUGCUACUAACCCAAGUAUCAUGAACACUAUUAAGAAGUAUUGGUCUAAAUAUAUGACAAACGGAAUUCUUGACAUCUUUAAUAACAGGAAGGACUCCUUAGGAAUGCACGAUAACUUUUCAUGAAACAGCAGAAUGUAUGAAGAGUAUAAUGAUUUCAAUGGAGAAGUAGACUUGAUAAAGGACAUGAAUAACUCAGUACCAUCUGAGCCCAGCAUGAACCUAGAGAACUUAGAGAUGACUCUUGAUGGGAUUGAACGCCUCUGUUAAUAUAAUUUCAAGUUUGGCUA